AUGUCUGACAAGCUUACGCGUAUUGCGAUUGUCAACACUGACAAGUGCAAACCUAAGAAAUGUCGUCAAGAGUGCAAGAAGGCGUGUCCCGUGGUCCGCACAGGAAAGCUUUGCAUUGAGGUCGACCCUACCUCCAAGAUCGCCUUCAUCUCCGAACGUCUGUGUAUUGGUUGUGGUAUCUGUCCCAAGAAGUGCCCCUUCGGUGCCAUUCACAUUAUCAACUUGCCCACCAACCUCGAGACCCAAGUCACCCACCGUUACUCGGCCAACAGUUUCAAGCUUCACCGUCUUCCCAUGCCCCGCCCCGGUCAGGUUCUCGGUCUGGUUGGAACCAACGGUAUCGGAAAGAGUACCGCUUUGAAGAUUCUAAGUGGAAAGCUCAAGCCCAACCUGGGUCGUUACGACAACCCUCCCGACUGGGAAGAGAUCCUGAAGUACUUCCGUGGUUCCGAACUGCAAAACUACUUCACCAAGGUUCUUGAGGACAACCUGAAGGCUGUUGUUAAGCCUCAGUAUGUCGACCAGAUUCCCCGCGCCGUGAAGGGCCCUAUCCAGCAGGUCGCCCAGCUCAUCGAGACUCGUUCCCAACUUGGCAACAAGGAGGAAAUCAUGGAUGUUCUCGAACUGCGCCAGGUUGCCGAGCGUGAUAUUGGUCACCUUUCUGGUGGUGAGCUUCAGCGUUUUGCCAUCGGUUUGGUUUGUGUGCAGAAGGCCGACGUGUACAUGUUCGACGAGCCUUCCUCAUAUCUUGAUGUUAAGCAGCGUCUGGCUGCUGCCCGUACCAUCCGUGGCCUCCUCCGUCCCGACGACUAUGUCAUUGUUGUUGAGCACGAUCUGUCUGUGCUUGACUACCUCUCCGACUUCAUUUGCGUGCUUUACGGUCGCCCAGCUGUUUAUGGUGUUGUGACUCUGCCUUCUUCCGUCCGUGAGGGUAUCAACAUCUUCUUGGAUGGUCACAUCCCCACCGAGAACUUGCGUUUCCGUGACGAGUCCCUUACUUUCCGUCUUGCUGAGGCUGGUGAGGACUUCAUUGUCGACAAGGACCGCGCCUUCUCUUACCCCGCCAUGGAGAAGACCCUCGGUGGCUUCCACCUGAAGGUCGAGCCCGGAAAAUUCACCGACUCUGAGAUCGUUGUCAUGAUGGGUGAGAACGGAACCGGAAAGACUACCUUCUGUAGAAUGCUUGCUGGUGCCGAGAAGCCCGACGGCCUUAUCUCCGUCCCCAAGAUGAACAUCAGUAUGAAGCCUCAGAAGAUUACUCCCAAGUUCCAGGGUACCGUCCGCCAGCUGUUCUUCAAGCGUAUCAAGGCCGCUUUCCUGUCCCCCCAGUUCCAGACUGAUGUCUACAAGCCCCUCAAGAUGGACGACUUUAUCGACCAGGAAGUCCAGAACUUGUCCGGUGGAGAAUUGCAGCGUGUCGCCAUUGUCCUGGCCCUGGGUAUGCCCGCUGAUAUCUACCUGAUUGAUGAGCCCAGUGCCUACCUUGACUCUGAACAGCGUAUUGUCGCUGCCCGUGUUAUCAAGCGUUUCAUCAUGCACACCAAGAAGACCGCCUUCAUCGUCGAGCACGAUUUCAUCAUGGCCACCUACCUUGCUGACCGUGUCAUUGUCUUCGACGGAAAGCCUUCCGUGGACGCUCGUGCCAACACCCCCGAGUCCCUCGUCACUGGUUGCAACCGCUUCUUGAAGAGCUUGGACGUCACCUUCCGUCGUGACCCCAAUUCCUACCGCCCGCGUAUCAACAAGUUCAACAGUCAGAUGGACCAGGAGCAGAAGUUGGCGGGUAACUUCUACUUCUUGGAGGAAGAGGCCUGA